AACUGUAUGAAUACAAGAGAGAAAAAAAAAAAAAGAAAAGGGAAAAGGGAUUACUCUCUGUUGUCUGCAAUAUUCUCAGUUGUGAGAGAGCAAAGCAUGAAGUGAGAAUGGCUGUAAUGUUUGUGAAGCAAGAACUACCCAUCCGUGAACCGCAAAGGGCUCCAAGAAACUCAAAGAGAAAAAUUCAGCAACGGGUGAAGGAGGAAAAUGGUGGUGAUGAUGAUCCAGAUUAUGUGGAUUCCCCUUCAAGGAGAGGCAAAUCUUCAGUUAAGAAAACAAAGGUAACUCAAGAAGUAAAGAGCUCCCAAGCUGGAAGACCUUCAACCUUGCGGUGGAACCCCCCAAAUAAGGAAAGAGACACUGAAGAUGAGUUAGUAAUGACUGAAUGGGACGAAAGCGAGGCAAUGGUUCUGAUGAAGAUCAAAUCAAGGAAGCGUAAAACCGAAAAUCUUGAUGCUGUUACGAUGAAAAAGACAGGCUCAAGUGACAGAGAAGAGAAAAUAUUUAAGUCUGUGAACUCUAUGAAUCCUUCAUCUCCUUCAUUGACUUCAACCUCAUCAGAUUCUGUCUUGGGUAGUGAUGGAAAUAGCAGUUGUAGCUCCAGGAGACGUGCAGCAAUGACUAAGAAAGGCAAUGGAGGAGAUCGUUUGAAGUGCCAUCAGUGUAUGAGAAGCGAUAGAAGAAUUGUUGUUCCCUGCACCAAAUGUAAAUCAAAAUUAUAUUGCAUACAGUGCAUCAAGCAAUGGUAUCCCAACAUGUCAGAAGUAGAAAUUGCAGAGCUUUGCCCGUUUUGCCGUAGAAAUUGCAACUGUAACCUGUGCCUGCAUUCCAGUGGGAUCGUUAAGACGGUGAAGACUGAUAUCAGUGAUGGUGAAAAGGUUCAGCAUCUUCUGUAUUUGAUCAAGACACUUUUUCCUUAUCUUAAACAAAUUUAUGAAGAGCAAACAGAGGAGAUAGAGGUUGAGGCUAAUAUUCAAGGGAUACCAUCUUCUGGAAUUACAAUACCAGUGUCUUCAUGCCCCAGUGAUGAGCGUGUCUAUUGCAACCAUUGUGCAACUUCAAUUGUUGAUCUCCACCGAAGCUGCCCAAAAUGUUGUUAUGAGCUCUGCCUCAGCUGUUGCAAGGAGAUUCGGAAGGGAAACCUUUUAAGGUGCACUGCAGUGGAUUUCCAGUAUGUGGAGAGAGGAUUUGAUUAUAUGCAUGGCGAAGAUCCUUUACCAGAAUCCUAUUAUAUGGGAACGGUUGGGAAUGAUGUUGAGCCAUUGACUGAAUGGAAUGCCAAUAAGGAUGGAAGCAUUAUCUGUGCCCCAAAAGAAAUGGGUGGAUGUGGUGGUAGUUUAUUGCAGCUCAAGCAUAUCCUCCCGGAAGACAGGAUUUUAGAUUUGAAAGAGAGAGCUGAACAAGUGAUGAUGAAAUUUGGGACUGAACAAGCUAGGAACUGUUCGACAAAUGGCUCUGAGAUGGUGAAGAGAGCAUCUUCUAGAGAAGGCACUGAUGACAAUUACUUGUACUGUCCAGCUUCACAUGACAUUUUAAAGGAGGAGGAAUUUUUGAACUUCCAGAGGCAUUGGGCUAAAGGCGAACCAGUGAUUGUUUGUAAUGUUCUAGAGCAGACAACUGGUUUAAGCUGGGAGCCCAUGGUCAUGUGGCGGGCACUUUGCGAAAACAUGGAUUCCAAGAUGAGUUCGAAGAUGUCAGAAGUGAAGGCCGAGGAAUGCCUAUCUAGCUGCCAGGUAGAUAUCAGUACACGCCAAUUUUUCAAAGGCUACACAGAAGGAAGAUCAUAUGAUAAUUUAUGGCCUGAAAUGCUGAAGCUAAAGGACUGGCCCCCAUCUGAUAAAUUUGAGAAUCUUUUGCCUCGCCACUGUGAUGAGUUCAUCAGCGCAUUGCCAUUUCAGGAAUAUACAGACCCUAGGGCUGGCUUCCUUAACCUUGCUGUAAAGUUGCCAAAUACCAUUCUCAAACCAGACUUGGGUCCAAAAACGUACAUUGCUUAUGGGAUUGCUGAGGAGCUUGGCAGGGGGGAUUCAGUAACUAAGCUUCACUGUGAUAUGUCAGAUGCAGUGAAUAUUUUGACACACACUGCAGAGGUAGUUCUAGAUGACAAUCAACGCCUGGCAGUCAAAAGGUUGAAGAAGAAACACCAAGCCCAAGAUAAGAGGGAAAAUCUUGUUCCACCAUGUCAGCAAGAGGAAGAUUUGCCUAUCUCUAGGAUUACAGUAACAGAAAAUGAGGAUGAGGAAGAAGGGCCCUACUUUCCUGGUUUCCUUCCACCAGGGAAGACACAGAAAACCGGCAGUGCUCUGUGGGAUAUUUUCAGGAGGGAAGAUGUGCCCAAACUACAGGACUACCUUAGAAAGCACUCCAAAGAAUUUAGGCAUGUGUUUUGUUCUCCUGUAAACAGGGUUGUUCAUCCGAUUCACGAUCAAUCAUUCUAUUUGACUUUGGAGCACAAGAAGAAACUCAAGGAGGAAUAUGGAAUUGAACCUUGGACAUUUGAACAAAGAAUUGGUGAGGCAGUAUUCAUUCCUGCAGGAUGCCCACAUCAAGUCAGAAAUCUCAAGUCAUGCACAAAAGUUGCUGUGGACUUCGUCUCUCCAGAAAAUAUCCAUGAAUGCAUCAGGCUGACAGAGGAGUUCCGCCAACUUCCUAAGAACCACAGGGUCAGAGAAGACAAGCUCGAGAUAAAGAAAAUGAUUGUAUAUGCAGUGGCUCAAUCUCUUAAAGAUUUCUACUUGCUGGCAUCAGGCUGAAGAUUGAACAUCACCUCUUGAAAAGAGAGAUUAAGAGAGAGCAGAUUUAGCUUAUAUUUUUUUGAAAAGCUCAUCGGCUGUUUAUCCUUGUGUCCUUUUCUCAUAACUGUAUAUAGAAGCCCAAGAUGGUAGUGCAGUUUCUGGGCAGAGCAGGCAAUGCAGAUUAACUGAGUUGUCUAUAGCUAACCUUCCUAAUAAAGCCACUUGGCAUUUUGCCCCUCUCCCCC